CUGUUGCCGUCGCUCAACACGGUUCGUCGUUCUCUCUCUCUCUCUGCGCAUUGGCUCCCUCUACCUUGUUUUCGUGCUUGUUGUCGUAGCAGCAACAAACAUUGAAGGAGGAAACAAGACCCUCAUUGCUACAUAAAACGUGCCGUCGUUUAGUUCGUACAAACGCUACCAGUAAAAAGUUUUGUGCAUUAAUGCCCAUACACGAAAAAGUGAUCUUCCUCCAUACGAAAAGCAAAGUGAUUCAUUUUGUUUUCUUUUUUAUUUUGGCAGUUUUCUAGUGCAGCUCAUCAUAAUCCGCUUUUUCUACAAUGUUCAGCAAGAAGAAGAAGAAAUUGGACAUUUCGCUGCCUAAAAAUUUUGAACAUAGGGUACAUACAGGCUUUGACAAACGUGAAAACCGCUACGUCGGACUACCGCCACAAUGGGCGGGCAUCGUGAGUCCUACGCCGUCGGCCAAGGGAGCCUUAUCGUCGCGACCGACGCCUUUAAUCGAUCCAUCUGAAAUCACCCCAACAGAAGUACUAGAUUUGAAGAAGGAUGUGUCGUUGCAGACGAUAGUCCGGGGAGAAGGAAAAAGCACCGGCACGGGCGGUGGUAAAAACGACAAUGGAAACGGAGGAGGGCCAGGAUUACCUCGGACGUCGAGUGUUGUCCGUUCCAACAGUCUGCGCUCAUCGAGUCCACCCAAAGCCAGGAAGGAUUAUAAACCCAUGUUGCCCGUUCCGGAGAUGGGCGAAGGUGUUGGCGGAGAAACGUCGCCUCUCCCGUCGCCCAACAAUGCCAACUAUCCUGCUGGCCCACCCAUGCAGCAUUACGGGCCCGGCUACCCCGGACCGCAACAGCAGCACCCCCAACAACAGUACCCUCAAGGUUACUUCCCUCAUCAACACCAAGCCGUGCCAAGAGACGUGAGAGACGGAAUGGGACGUCCCGUUCACCCGCAAGGAAUCCUACGGGAAGGAGGCUAUCCCAUGCCUCAACAGCAGACACAGCAGCAACAACAACAACUUGUGCAGCACCACCAGCAAGGCCCCCCGGCGCCCAAUUAUCCUGCUCCACCUCCCGUUCACCGGAACUCCCAGAUGAUGAUGAAAGCCGUACCGAUGCAACCACAACAGGGCCAUCCACUUCAUCCACAAGGUGGAAUGCAGCCUUCACAGCAACAUGGCAUGCAUCCAGCACAGGGAAUGCAUCAGCCUGGCGGAGGACCAAGACCACAAGGAGGUGGCGUAAAUCCUGGCAGCACAAGCCCGUCACCGGGUUAUCCGAUGAAUCAACAUCCUGGUCAUCACGGUGGAAUGCCAGGUCAUUUGCAAGUCCAAACUGGCAAUCAUUAUCCACAGAAUAACCACGGACAAAGCCAAGAAUAUCGACCACCUCUACCACCACCAUACCAGCAUGGUGGUCAACCUAAUGGCCAGAACUUUAAUGGUCAUCCAGGACCUCAACAGCCCAACGCGCAGCCAAUGAAACCACCGCAUUUGACACUACCACCGCAACAUUCAGGGCCCCAUUCUAGCUCGUCGACAUCGUCCCAAUCGCACUCUCCGCUUCCGCGGAGCCCAACAACUCCUCAACCUCCCAAUACUUAUCGUCCACCAAGUCAACAAUUUCAAAACAUGACUCUGAAUAACGGACAUCAGCAACAACAACCUGCGACAGCCCAUCCUCAACAACCAGUGAGAUAUCAGCAGCAACCUCAGUCUAAUCCACCCGGUCCACAGCCAGGUCCUCUUCCGCCGAAAAUCAGUCCACAACCACCACGACCGCCAUCCAGCAAUGCGGUCAACAAUAACAGUGGAGCAGAUCAAAAUCAAAAUACGCUGAACAACAGCAAAAGCGUCAUGGUGGCGAAAUCGUCGGCUGCAGCUGCCGCGUCUGCUGCAGCGGCGGCAGCAGCGGCACAGGAACAACAACAGCAGCAACGAUUAACUCAUGAACAGUUUCGUGCCGCUUUACAAAUGGUCGUUAGUCCAGGUGACCCCCGAAUUAAUCUGGACAGUUUCAUCAAGAUUGGCGAAGGAUCCACUGGCGUCGUCUGCAUCGCCGUUGAGAAGAAUACUGGCCGACAAGUAGCAGUUAAGAAGAUGGAUUUAAGACGCCAACAGCGAAGAGAACUCCUCUUUAAUGAGGUGGUCAUUAUGCGCGACUAUCACCAUCCCAACAUCGUCGAAAUGUACGACAGUUUCCUCGUGGGCGACGAGCUGUGGGUGGUGAUGGAAUAUUUGGAAGGUGGCGCUCUGACGGAUAUCGUCACUCACGCUCGCAUGGACGAGGAACAAAUAGCCACCGUUUGCCUGCAGUGCCUACAAGCUUUGGCUUUCCUCCAUUCGCAGGGGGUCAUCCAUCGUGACAUUAAAUCGGAUUCAAUUCUUUUAGCAGCCGAUGGAAGGGUUAAGUUGUCUGACUUUGGCUUCUGCGCUCAAGUAUCACAAGAGCUACCCAAGAGGAAGUCGCUAGUGGGGACGCCCUACUGGAUGUCUCCGGAAGUGAUAUCCCGCCUUCCCUACGGUCCCGAAGUUGACAUUUGGAGUUUAGGCAUAAUGGUGAUUGAAAUGGUGGACGGGGAACCGCCCUUCUUUAAUGAACCUCCAUUGCAGGCCAUGAGGCGCAUUCGGGAUAUGCCUCCACCCAAGCUGCGCAACGCUACCAAAGUUUCCGCCCGUUUACAAGGCUUUCUGGAUCGAAUGCUGGUGCGAGACCCCGCUCAAAGAGCCACCGCCUUCGAGCUGCUUCAUCACCCGUUUUUGAGGCAAGCCGGACCCCCAGCUCUGCUCGUCCCGCUCAUGAGAUCCUUCCGUCAUUCGCCUACUUAGUUGGACAGCUCCUAUCGUCAUAGGGCCGACCCCAACAAUUUUGGUUUUCAUUUUUUUUUUAAAGGGCGUGGUUGACAAUGGAAAACCCGUCAGACCCUAUGUAUUUUAUUGCUUUCGUGAAAAUCGAUGCAAUGAAAACCCCAAAGUAUUUUUUUUUCUGUACAUUAAAGCAAAAGAUGACGGAUGGCAGCUCUUCCAGCUCAUUGAACAAGUUGGAAGCGAUUAAUUUCGAACAACAGACAAAAUUAACAAAGAAAAAAUCGCCAUAUAAUUUGACAUCCUUUUUUUGUUUCUUUUGAGUUGACCAAAAAAAAAAGAAAAGAAAAA